AGGGCGGUACAUUGCGCGGUGGCGCUAUCUUACGUAGAUUGCGCCUCUGCUGCAGCCGGUGUCUCGUGCGGAGAAAAUUGACCAAUAUUGUGGAAAUACGGAGAGAUUUUGACCUAAAAUGCAGAAUCAAGAAAAGGCCCUGGAGGUCUCUCUGGAAGCCCUCACAAACCGAGUGCAGGACUUAAAGACAUCUCUGAUUGCAUUCUUGGAAAAGCUGGAGCGUGAACACGAAACACUGAAAUGGACAGCCGUUCUGAAUAACUUUGCCCUCUUGUCAGGUCAGAUCAACAUGUUGAGCAAAGUUCUGAAGAGCGACAAGACGCCAGCCCUGAGGAACCUCGUCCUUCUGCCCUUAAAGCUCUCACAGGACAGAGAUGAAGAACUUGAGAAAAUGACAGAGGGUCGCGUGCCGGCAUUCAACCACGAGGUGGUGCCCAACUACCUGCGCACCAAGGCUGAGCCGGAGGUUGAGGCGAGGGAGCUGCAGCUGAAGCAGAAGGCAGCCACCAUUACGCCCGAGCAGGCGCAGCAGAAGCAGAUAAACAGUAUGAACAAGCUGGUCACUCGCUUGCUGGACAUGGUCAGCAGUGCCAAGGACGAUUGGGAUGGGGAUGGAGCGAUGAGGCUCGGCAACCUGGGCAACUCCAACCACUCGGAUACGACCACCCUCGUCAGCGCGGUGACUAUAGGGCGGAACCUGAAACCCAUCCGCCCGCCAGUCCAGGGCCAGCACAACGUCCCGGGGCCUCCCGGGGGUCCGCCCCUCUCGCAACAACAAAGACCCGAGCAGCACGUACCCAUGGGCAAAGCGCCCAGCGCUAUCAAGACAAACAUCAAAGCUGGUUCCAGCUCACAUCCCUACGGCCACAGAUGAAAGGCACUGCCAAACCACCCUCCCUCCCCCAUCAGCGUAACGAGGGAAGACAUUCAAACCCCCCUGCCCGCCGCCCCUCCCUCCUGGCCCUUGGAAAUCUGCCAGAAGGUCGUGGAGUGUUUUUGCAAAAGGGAGGAAGGACUUGGUGCCCUGUGGAACUUCACAGGCGAAGAACUUUCCAUCAGGAUCCUGCACAGCGGUUGAUGUUUCUCAGAGGAUACACGACAGUUCCGUAAAAUAGCAAAAAUGACGAGGAACUUGAGAUGAACUGAGCCACCCUCACGCUGACACUCUCAGAUAAAAACUUCACAUCCUUGGGUUCUUGAGUCUAGUGCAGUCAUAAAUUUCUAAAAUGCAGUACUUAAGGCAUACUACAAAUGUAAUUUGAUGUUUUUAUACUUUUUGUGAUGAUGCUGGCGCCACUAAGUUUCAUGAUACAACCUAUUGAAAUGAGUCAUAAGUCGCAAGAGCCACUUUUGAAGCACAGGCCUUUUAAAAGACUCUCCGACAAGCAAAAUCAUAGAGAGUUAUAACCUUUUUACCCACACAAUGCCCAUUGCCAUCAAGGUGUCAAACUCAGUGAAAAAUCAAAACAAAGCGCCUAGCUUGCCUUUUGCGAUUCAAGCUCCAACAGAACAAUAGGAAAACUGGCCUUAUGACUCAUUUUGAUCGAUGUUGUUUUCACAUCUCGUUACCUGUUAGCCAAGAGUUAUUUUCAAGAGGUUUAUGAAAGCAGGAACAGUAAACAAUGGAUGCAGGGCAACAGGUAUGAAUUUCUGUAAUUCAGAUCUAGUCGAUGCCACAGACUCCUUGGAAUUGCAAAAAUCAAGUCCCCUGAAGCAAGCCCCCAUCUGUCGUCCACUUUCGCUGGUCGGUAUGAAUGCUUCUUUCGUCUUCAGAAUUGCAGAUUAUUUAUUGUACCAAGUGAUGUUGUUGGGUCUUUGCAUAGUAGCUGAUAACAGCGACCGUCUAUUGCAUCGUGGAUAUUUCUAUCCCAGAAAUCUGGAAUAUUUCAAUAAAAGGUAGCCAUUGGAAACAUUG